AUGACAGACAGAGGGAGCUUCACCACAUCCAAAGUCAACGCCCGGGCUGCUGCGGGUCCUGUACUCCCCCCUGAACCCAUUGACAUCAUUCGCAUCAAGGCCCGCUCACGGAGGGUUAGACUCAAUGUUGGAGGUCUCACCCAUGAAGUCCUGUGGAGAACACUGGACCGGCUUCCCAGAACCCGUCUGGGACGGCUAAGAGACUGCAACACCCACGAAUCACUACUGGAGAUCUGUGAUGAUUACAGCCUCACUGAGAGCGAAUAUUUUUUCGACCGGCAUCCCGUGGCCUUCUCCUCCAUCCUCAACUUCUACAGAACAGGAAAACUGCACAUGAUGGAGGAGAUGUGUGCCCUGUCCUUUGGCCAGGAGCUGGACUACUGGGGUAUUGACGAGAUCUACCUGGAGUCGUGCUGCCAGGCGCGGUACCACCAGAAGAAGGAGCAGAUGAAUGAGGAGCUCAGAAGGGAGGCAGAUUCACUGAGGGAAAAGGAUGGGGAGGAGGAGGAGCAUGGCUGUUGUCCUGACAAGAGACAGAAGCUCUGGGAUCUGCUGGAGAAACCCAGCUCAUCUGUAGCUGCAAAGGUCCUAGCUAUGAUUUCUAUCCUGUUCAUCGUCAUUUCCACCAUCUCGUUAUCACUCAACACUCUGCCAGAGCUGCAGGUCGUGGAUGAAUUUGGCCAGUUUAAUGACAACCCCAGCCUAGCCCAUGUGGAAGCUGUCUGCAUUGCCUGGUUUACCAUGGAGUACAUGCUGCGCCUGCUGUCAGCACCCAUCAAGUGGAAUUUCAUCAAAGCACCGCUGAACAUCAUUGAUUUGCUGGCUAUACUGCCUUACUAUGUGACCCUCUGCCUAACCGAGUCAAACAAAAGCGUGAUGCAGUUCCAGAACGUGCGCCGUGUGGUCCAGAUCUUCCGAAUCAUGAGGAUCCUAAGGAUCCUGAAGCUAGCCAGGCACUCAACAGGACUUCAGUCUUUAGGCUUCACUUUGCGAAGAAGCUAUAAUGAGUUGGGUCUGCUGAUCCUCUUCCUAGCCAUGGGCAUUAUGAUCUUUUCUAGCUUGGUGUUCUUUGCUGAGAAGGAUGAGGAUGCUACCAAAUUCACCAGUAUUCCUGCCUCCUUCUGGUGGGCUACCAUUACUAUGACCACUGUUGGUUACGGAGACAUCUACCCACAAACCCUACUGGGGAAGAUUGUAGGAGGGCUCUGCUGCAUAGCAGGUGUGUUGGUCAUUGCCCUACCCAUCCCAAUCAUUGUCAACAAUUUCUCAGAGUUUUAUCGAGAGCAGAAGAGGCAGGAGAAGGCCAUCAAGAGGAGGGAAGCUCUUGAGAGAGCCAAACGCAGUGGAAGCAUUAUUUCUAUCAAUCUAAAGGAUGCUUUUGCACGUAGUAUGGAACUCACAGAUGUUCUUGUUGAAAAGAGAGAGGACAGUAAGUGUCCUGUGGACAACCAUCUGUCACCAAGCCGCUGGGGUUACCACAAACACUACUCCAAUGCAGAGGUAGCUAGCCCAGGCCGGUCCCAACAUUCUCAUUACCACGAAGUGGCUCAGCUCGGCUCACCUCAACGACUCAAGCUCUCAUCUAACAAAACCACUCCUCAACACCUCAGUGUAAAGCGGCUUGAAGAUGCUUACAACAAGACAGCAAACUUCCAGGAGCAACAGGACAAAAUUAGAGAGGAGCAGAUGGAGAAGAAAGCAUUGACCUCCACCCAAGCCCGACAAACUUCACCUGAAGCCAGCAUUGCCCCAAAAUAUUCAAAUGUGGCUGAAGAUUUUCCAGAGGAAAGAGGUGAGAGAAGCACUCUGCUCCCUACUGCUGGAGCGAGUCAAACUGGUGCUAGACACCAGCGUAUCCCCCCUCCCUUGGAUUUAAGUCAGAUCAGCGCCAUUGAUGCAAACAGGGGCACGGACGGCAUCCAGCCAAUGACCAUCAUCAAAGAGGGUCUGUAUGAGUUUGUGUCCAGCCCCAAAGGAAGUGGGACUGGAGAUGUGGGUUUGGCACAACAGAGCCUUGGGAUGACCUAUGACAGCUCUUUGAGAGAUUCAAAGAGCCCUCAAAAGAUGAGAGCCCUCAAGGUUGAUUUCAUUGGACCCCAGGAUGAUGUGCUUAUGGCAGUGAUGACACCUGUGGCAACCCCACUCUCUGCUGGUUCAGCCAAGCUUGCUAACCUACUGUCCGACGACAUGGUUUCCAGGUUCUCUCCCAGCUCUGCCAUGCAGGAAGCUAAAUCUUCAUUGGCACUCAGUCCAAGCAACUCCCCGGGGGGAGGUGAGGGCUCAGUAGCCAAGAGCUUAGAAGGUGAAGGGCAGAUCACAGGCUUAAGCCACCAAGGAAGGAAUCACAUGGAGAGGUCUGCUGUCAGCUCAAGCGCCAAUGCUAGCCCACUGUCAGCUAAGACUAGCCCACUCAACUGCACUCAGGAGCUAGUAGCUAUGGAAGGUGGGGAAGAAGGAGAAGGAGGGGAAGGAGCAGAGCAGAGUGGUGAGAAAAGAGAAAACCACAUUGUUCUGGAUGGAAGCCUGACACCGCCCUGUGAAACGAGCAUGUGA